AUGAAGCACAGGUGUGACAUUUAAAGCUUCAGAUGCACAAAUUAUGAUUACACCGCAGCUUUGGAGCGGCGGCCGCCGGUUUCGCAAAAUGCUCACGGAAUGGCUGCUUACUCUGACAGGUUCCGUGACUUUCAAGUCCGGGAGGUGGACGCGGAUGGAAAUGUCGCUCGCCUGACGACUCUGGAGCCGCCCCAACUGGCGGCGUCGCAUGCCAGAGCCAACGUCGCAGCUCCGGAUGGCGACGACACCGCCGCCGCCGCCGGCGACGCCGCCGCCGGCGGCAGUGGCGGCGGGGGUGCGGGUGCAGAAGGCGAGGAGGCCGCUGGCGGCGAGGAGGCCGCUGCCCCCGCUGCCCCCGCUGCCCGCCUGAGCGCCGCCACACCGCGACUGGUGGCGGCGUUUGCGGCUGUAGCAGGAGAUAAGAAUGGGGAGCUGCUGGGGCAGCUGCUACAGCGCAUAGUGGUGCAGCUACAGCCGGCGGCGGCGGAGGCGGCUGCGGCGGAAAUGGCGGAAGUGGCGGCGGCGGCGCCACCAGCGGCCGCGGGGGCGGAGAGUAAGGCCGCUGAGGAAAUAAAGACGGAGGCGGAGAAAGGCGAGGCGCAAGCGGAGCAGCCGCAGGCGACAACAGCUACUGCCACUGAUGCUACUGCCACUGCCACUGCGGCGGCGGCUACUGCCGGCUGUGUGGUGGUGUCGGGGGCGGGCGGGCGGCUGUCGGUGCUGCUACAGCCGGUGGAGAGCAAGGACGCACGCAAGGCCAUCCACGAGUUCUUUCGCAGCACGCCCGGCAUGCCGCACGUCACCACCGAGACAGUCACCAUCGCGGAGGCGGCGGCGGCGGCAGCAGGAGCGGCAGGGGGCAGCGGCGCUGCUGCUGCUGCGGCGGCGGCAGUGGGGACGAAGCGCGCUGCGGAGGGGCAGCAGCCGCCCGGCAAACGGCAGCGCGGGGGGAGAGAUGACGGCGGGAGGGGCCGUGGGCGAGGACAGCAGCAACAGCAGGGACAGCAGCAGGGGCAGCAGCAGGCGCAGCAGGCGCAGCAGGGGCCGCAGCACGGCACGCAGAUUCAAAUCGUGUUCGAUCCGGCGAGAGCGGAAGGAGGCGGUGGUGGCGGCGGCGGGCGGGGCGGCCGCGGCGGCGGGCGCGACGGCGGGCGCUGGGGCGGGCGUGGCGGCCGCGGCGGCCGGGGGCGCUGGGGCGGGCGUGGGGACGGCGGCGGCGGCCGGGGUGGCGGCGGCAGUGACUUUUGGGAGGGCGGGCCCAACAAGUUCCUGCGGUUCGUGCUGUACAAGGAAAACAUGGACACGCAGGUAGCACUGAGCCUGGUCAGCAAGUUUGCGGGUCUGGGCCCCGGCGGUAAUUGCUUCGGCUUCGCGGGCACCAAGGACAAACGCGGCAUCACCACACAGUUCGUCACGGCCUUCAAGGUCCCGGCCUCCCGCCUGGCCCCGCUGAACUCGCGGCUGCGCGGCAUGCGGCUGGGCGACUGGUCGUACGCCGCCGCGGGGCUGCGGCUGGGCGCCCUGGGCGGCAACACCUUCGAGCUGCUGAUGCGGGACGUGCGGCCGCUGCCGGAGCAGGCGCAGAAGGAGAAGGAGGAGCGGAAGGAGGAGGGGAAGGAGGAGGAGGAGAAGGAGGGGAGUGUGGAGGAACGGCAGGCGGCGCUGGUGGCGCAGAUCUCGGCGGCCUGCGACGCGGUGGCGGCUCGCGGCUUCAUCAACUACUUUGGUCUGCAGCGCUUCGGCACAGGGGGAGCGCCCACACACGAGGUGGGCCGCGCGCUGCUGCGUGGUGAGUUCGAGACGGCGGUGCGGGCGGUGCUGACGGGGCGGCAGGGCGAGCGGCCCGACAUCGCGGCGGCGCGGCGGCUGUUCCUGGAGGGCGGGGACGCCAAGGCGGCGCUGCGCGCACUGCCGCCCUUCCUCCUAGGCGAGCGAGCCGUGCUGAGCGUGCUCGCCAAACAACAGCCGCAACAGCAGCAGCAACAGCAGCAGCGACACCAGCAGCAGCAGCCGGGCGACAAGCAGAAGAAGGGGCCGCCGGCAGCGGCGGCGGCGGCGGCGGCGGCGGCGGCGGCGGCGGCGGCGGCGGCGGCGGCGGCGGCGGCGCCAAAGCAGCAGGGGCAGGGGGCGGCGAAGCCGCAGGGGCAGGGUCAGGGUCAGGGGCAGCCCAAGUGGGACUGGGCGGGUGCGAUGAUGGCGGUGCCUCGCACGCUGCGGAUGAUGUACCUGCACGCCUGGCAGAGCGGCGUGUGGAACGAGGCGGCCAGCCACAGGAUACGCCGCUACGGUCACCGUGUGGUGGAGGGCGACCUGGUGUUGCCGCUGCCGGCGGCGGGUGCGGGUGUGGGUGCGGGUGGGCUGGAUGACGGCGGCGGCGGCGGCGGCGGUGGGGACGAUGAGGGCGGCGGUGCGGAUAUGUUGGCGGCGGCGGCUGGCGAGGGCGGAGCGGACGGCGGCAAGGACGGCGCUAGCACCGCACCGCCCGGCGGCGGCGACACCGGUAGCGGCAGCGGCGGCAGCACCAGCGCCGCCUCCCGCCUGGCUGCGGUGCGGGUGGUGAGCGCUGCUGACGUGGCGGCGGGGCGCUACAGCGUGUUUGACCUUGUGCUGCCGCUGCCGGGCCGCGAGGUGGUGUACCCGGCCCAUGACACCGGCGCCUUCAUUCGCGAGGCGGCCGCGGCGGCGGGUGUGUACCUGGACCGCCCCUCCUCCGCGCCCUCCGCCGCCGCCGCCCCCCACGAGCUGAGCCUGGCCUCUCUCAGUGGCGACUACCGGCGUCUGCUCAUCCGGCCGCGACACCUCGAGUACUCCUUCACCAGGUACACCGACCCCAACGACGACACGCUCGUGCUCACCGACCUGGAGCGACUGGAGCGCCGCCCCUACCCCCCGCCGCCGCCCCUGCCGCCGCCGGGUGCGGGUGCGGGUGCUGGUGGUGCCGGCCCCGCGGCCGCGGCAGCGGGUUCUGCGGGUGCGGCCGCGGCAGCGGGCUCUGAAGCUGCGGGUGGUGGUGGUGGUGGUGGCGGUGGCGGUGUGUUGCGCGGCACGGGGCCGCUGCUGGCGCUGCGGCUGGCCUUCACGCUGCCGUCCUCCUGCUACGCCACCAUGCUGCUGAGGGACCUGAUGAAGGGCUCCACUUCAAAGGCCUUCCACUCCGGCCUGUCCACCGCGGCGGCGGCAGCAACGGCGGCGGCGGAGGCGGCGACGGCGCCAGCAGCAGCAGAGUCAGCGCCUGGAGAGGCGGCAGCAGAGCCAGCAGCAGUGGCAGAGGUGGCGGAGGCGGGGGCUGAGGAGGGCUGUGUCGACGUUCAGGCGGCGCCUGAGGGCGGCGCGGCAGCGGACGCCGAGGCGGCGGCGGCGGCGGCGGGUGGUGGUGAGGGCGGCGCUGAGCCGAUGCAGACGUAGGCGACAGACAUACGGAAAACAUUAGAAUUUAGGAGGUACGGUACAGCGGCGGUACGGCGUUAAAUAUCAGCCACUUGCUUCCUUUGCCAUGUCCCUAACUGGAUAUGGGGUGGUGCGGCGGUACACGGCGGUGCACGGUGGCCUGGGCCCUGGCGGCUGGAGCGGACUGGAUGCAGCUAGGGCUGGGGGCGCCCCACUGAGCGGCUGACAGGGCGCUUGGACUGCGUGGACUGAUGUGGGCACGUCGUUAGUCGGCACGCACGUGAGGACAUGGGUGUGUCAGUCGGCACGCACGUGAGGACGGGGGGUGUCAGCAGUCAGCGGCGGGACUUGGGCCAGGCCAGCACUGCGGUAGCGGCUGGGACAGCAUGAAUGAUGCGGGCAAAGCACGCGUGGGCAAGUGUUGCGCGGACGCGUUGUAGACUGAGCGCCUGUGCGUAGCAAGUUGUUCUGCUGUUGGCGUGCACAGCUUUGUAUCAGUGCUGAUCACAGCAGCCCUAAUGUGUAAGCGUCUGGGAUU